UCGCCCAAGAACUAUCGGCAUUUUGCAUCGCUUUGGACACACUGAUUGGGCAGUGUUUUUAUUUUUAUUUUGUUUGGCCAGCCGAAUAGCUUAAUAAUACUUUAAUGCAGCCAUUUAUUGUCAUACGCAACUACACGCAAGAUGACGAGCUCAAGUGCCAGGAGCUGGUGCGGGACUACAUCAUGUCGUUCUCCAACAAGUCCUUCUUCGUCUACUGCUUUCGAGAGAUCACACUGCAGUUCAUUGUCAUCACCUGGGCCAUUUUCUUCAUAUUUCUGGGAGUGCCCCUGCUCUUCUGCGCCCUCACUGUGCCCGCUUGCAUUUUCUGCCUGUUCACCGGCACCUACUUCUCGUUCUACUCCAAGGCAGUGGAGCUGAUGAGGACCAAACCAUCGCAAUCCCUGGUGGCCGAGUGCUAUGAACCCUUCAUCUUCCGCUGCUCACCCAAGGAGGCCAGCUACCAGAUCUUCCUCGAGAACUGCCCCUAUGACGAGGCCACUGUGAGGAAAUUCCGUCGCAGGAUUGUGGCCGCCAUCAGUGUGAAGAAUCACCAUGCCGUCUACAACGCGGCCUGGAUCUACCGCUUUGCCAUCGAUCCCAACUACCCCUACCAGACGAUCAUGGAGCCCAUGGUGAAGCAGGUGGUCAAGAACUGUAUCACUGGCGGCUACGCCUCGCUGGAGUGCACCAUCUCCGAGUGGCAGGAGAGUGAGCGCGACUUCUACGACGACUUUGGCUUCGUCACGCGGCAGAUUUACCACAAGAAGAUCAUCGGCAGCAGUCUGGCGGUGAUGAAGACCCAGCUCACAUAUGGCCUGCGCACCGACGAGGCUCUGCACAAGCAAAACUAAGCAAUACCCAUGGUGCAAUAUAGAUAAUCUCCAAGUUCUGUGGAAUCUAGUUCAAUACAUAGGUAUUUAUUCUGUAAACUUUACACUCCAGACACAUAUUGCGUCCCGAAAUGAAAGCACACCGAAUCUAGCCCUAGAUGGUUGUUCCAGGGCGAUUAGAAAAAGCUCUAAGUGAAUUUAGGCAACUAUUUUGAAAGCAUUCCAUAAAACUUGCUUUUCAGUCAUUCUCAAACAUAUUUUUACCUCUGUCGAUGCGACCAAGAAAAGUAAAACCAUCUAGGAAUAAGCUACUUUAUAAUCGCCACUCUCGAAAAGUUCGAAUAAUUGUACACACGUUGACACUGCUUUUGUCCUGUUUUAUUAUCUCUGGUUUAUUCUUUGACAUAUUCUAUUUAAAUAAAUAAAUAAAAUAUUUAGUAAUAAAUAAAA